GUCCUCGUUUAGUUUUGACUCCUCUUGCCGCCGACCUCGCGGCCAGAUUAAAGAUUUGACUGCCCAUGUCUCGGGAAGAGACGCGCAAGUUUGUCCACACGGCUGUUUUUGGGGAGGUUUUGUCGCGGCGUUUCGGCACUGUUCCCUUAGCCGACUAAGCUAGCCAACCAGCCCUCGGCGAUGUCAUCGUGGCGGCGGCUGCAUGUGAAGGCGCGGACGGCUCACGGACUGCUAGUCUCCAGACGGGUGACAGGCGACCGGCACACGGGGCUGCACGGAAAUUUAACGCUAUGUCAAAGCCUGAGCACAGGCAGACCUGCCCGAAGCGACUUCUUUAAAGAUCUGGAGGCGCAGCUGGCAGCCAUGAGGAAGAAGGCGGCGGACGCACUGCCAGGGAGCAGCUGGAGUCCCUUUGAGAUCAACCCGAACCUUCCUCCGGAGAGGGCCGACAUUGUGAUCGUUGGCGGCGGUGUGAUCGGCUGGUCCAUCGCCUACUGGCUCAAGCAGAGGGAGAGGGUGCGAGGAGGGGUGAAAGUUGUGGUGGUGGAGAAGGACCUGACGUACUCAAGGGCCUCCACGGUGCUCUCCGCCGGGGGGAUCCGACAGCAGUUCUCCCUGCCCGAGAACAUCCACCUCUCCCUGGCGUCCGCAGACUUCCUGAGGAACGUCAAUGAACACCUGGGCGUGCUGAAUGAAGACCAGGUGGACCUGCAGUUCAACCACUCGGGAUACCUCUUCCUGGCCAGCCAGGAGGUGGCUCACAUCAUGGAGGAGAACUACAGCACCCAGAGGUACGCUGGAGCCAAAGUUUCACUUCUCUCUCCCGCACAACUGAAGGAGAAGUUUCCGUGGAUAAACACAGACGGUGUGGUGCUUGCUUCAUAUGGGUUGGAGAACGAGGGCUGGUUUGACCCCUGGGCUCUGCUGAACGCCUUCAGAAGGAAGGCCAUCUCAAUGGGAGUCAUCCAGUGCUGCGGAGAAGUUACGGAUUUUAAAUAUACAGUAAACAUGAUGACGACUGCUGAUGGUGAACAUGUGGAGUUCAGGAGAAUAAAAUCUGUCAAAGUGCAGAUGCCUAACAGUCUGGAGUACCAGCCCGUGGAGUGUGCCAUUGUGGUGAAUGCAGCAGGAGCCUUUUCUGGUAAACUGUCGGAGAUGCUGGGAAUUGGCCUCGGCCCUAAAGACACCAUCGCUGGAAUUCCUCUGCCCGUUGAGCCUCGGAAAAGGUAUGUGUAUGUAAUCCACUGUCCUGAUGGUCCAGGUCUAGACAGUCCCCUCCUGAUUGAUUACUCUGGAGCUUACUUCAGAAGAGAGGGGUUAGGAGGGAACUACAUCGCUGGGGCAUCGCCGGAGGAGGCGGAGGAGCCAGAUACCAGUAAUCUAGACGUGGACCACCAGUUUUUUGAGGACAAGGUCUGGCCAGGCUUGGCCCAUCGUGUUCCUGCUUUCGAGAAACUUAAGGUGACCAGCGCGUGGGCAGGUUACUACGACUACAACACCUUUGACCAGAACGGCAUCAUCGGUAUGCACCCGCUGGUCAACAACAUGUACUUUGCCACGGGCUUCAGCGGCCACGGCCUGCAGCACUCCCCCGCGGUGGGGCGUGCUGUGGCGGAAGUCAUCCUGGAUGGAAGCUUUAAAACGCUGGACUUGAGCGGACUCGGCUUCAGACGGAUUCUGGCCCAGGAGCCCGUGCUGGAGAGGAACAUCGUGUAGAGGAUCUCGAACCUGCCAUUCGCACUGCAGCCAGUGCAAAACUAUUACAACUUUGGUCUUAUUUUCAUAGCUGCAUGAACAUUAUUCCCAUCAGUAAUCAUAACAUUGUACACACCAAAUUAAUCACUGAGAUCUGGGAAUGUGGUACCAGACGAUCAAGACUCUUUUCCUAAGAAGACUAGCAGCAUCAGUUGUUUCAGCGAACACGUUCAAGAUCACUUUCAAGUGUCAAAAACUUCUAAAAUUCAAGAAGUUACGAUUAUUCACAGUGUAACACUGUUAUAUGACCUGGGGCCCGCAGAGGGAGGAUGCUGGGGGUGGAUGGAUGGGUCAACGUCAGACUUUAUAACGGGAGAUCGCUUUUUCGUUUCCGGUGUCUUCCAGCAGCUAACGCUAGCUCGAAGCCUCGGCGCAGGAGGAGUAGUCGACCAGAGGUGCGUUCACGUGAUGAUUGACAGCCGUGAGCUCCAGCCCCUGACUUUGACUUUGUCUGAUUGGUUAGAAGUAGUCAUCGAGUGGUCAGAGUAGCCAUUUUAAACUGACCACAGUCUUUUACCUAACCCCGACCGACUCAGUAAACAGUUUUAUUUACGCAACAGUGAUUUGUAAGGUGCUUGCAGAUGGUAAUUGUCCUGUCGACAGGUUCAAAUCAGGAAACAAUUACACGUGUUGUUAUGGUGGGCGUUUUACAAGGAAUUGUGUCAUUUCAUUUGGCCCGACAGGUUUUAAACAAUCCCCCACAUUAGACAAAAUUAUUUGAAAGAGAAAAGAGAGGCAAACAUUGAAAUUCUCACCCAAACCGUCCAGUGUAAAGUUUCCAGACUGGCCUCCUGCCUCAGCUUUUACCUACCGACCCUCUGUAGUUGUGCAGGCCCAGGUUUCCUGAGCAAUGAGGGAGUAUUACUGGCAUUUCAGUUGCGCUCAUUUGCAUUUUUAUCUCCAAAUAGAGUGGUUUAGAUCAUCUGGAUUGAGAUCAUCUGGCUAAGAUCAUCUUCAGACUUCCCAGAUCUCAGCCAUGACUUUAGUGCAGUGCAAUGUUAUCAUAACCGAUAGAAAUGAUUCCAAAAAUUGAAACAAAAUAAGGCUGAAGUCGUACUAAAUAGGGAUUAUCUUUACAUUUUUCUUUUGUUGGUAAACUACAUAGCUUGUAGGACAUCUCUCAGGUCAAAGCUUUGAGCGACCUUGGCUUUUCAAGGACGAUACGAUGACGAUAAUGUUUGUAUAAUCAAUCCGCACCUCACAUCAGAGACCUCGAGGCCUUUUCUGAGGGGGGAACCAACUUUCAAGCUCGUGUGAGCGAUGCCUACUCCGUUUUGAGCUGGAGGAAGAAGUUUCCUGAAGAAAUCGGUUGAAGGAAACUUUAAAAAAAAAAUACUGGACUGGAGGGACUCCAUUCGGAGAACUGUUUAGUGUGUAUGGAUGGAUGGAUGGAUGGAUGGAUGGAUGGAUGGGGAGGAGGGAGGUGAGAAGACCCUUGAUACACUAUGAACUGUAAUAAUUACCAAAAUCCUGAGUUUUGCUUUUUUUUGAUUUCCAUUGAAACUGGGUGUGAGGUGCCACUGUGCAGUACAUUGGCAAGUGCACAAAUGUUUGUGGAAACAUCAGCAACAACUCUGGUUUCAGAUGAUUUUAUGUAUGUACUAUACAUAAUGUAUACUGUAUUACAGUACAAUGCAAACCCGUACAAUAGCUUUACAAUGUAAUGCUUAGUUUUUGUUAAAACUCCCUGAUGUAUUGAUUUACAUUACACCGUAAGAUAUAUUUGUUACGUUCUGGUACUUUUUAUAGUUAAUUGUGUAUUCAUUAUUGUAUCAGUACGCAAACCUUUUCUGAUUCACUCCUGAGUCAAUAUAAAUUGAUAAUUUGUUGUGUAUUUAUAUGCGUCAGUGUGAUCAAAUUUGAUUAAUAAUCAACAUUUUUAUAGAAAAAUGGGCUUCAGUUGUGUCGUCAUUGCAUGUCUUCUCUAGGUGUUGCUGCUCAUACAGAUCAGGGAUCAGAUUCAAUUUAUUGUAAAUGCAUAGUACAAGCACUAAUUCAAUGAAAACAAUGUCGCUGCCCGGCUAAGGAAUUAAAGAAAGGUCUGAGUAACUUUCAAAUUUCCUGCAAAUAACUCCAUACUUAAUUCUGAAAUUUAAGCAGCUCUGAAUACUACUGCAAAUUUAAAAAAUGUAUAUCACUGGAAUAUUUUAUUCUACCUGGAUUGAUAAAAAUAAAAGUUUAAAAAGUUU